CGAAGAUUAAUAAAAAUUGCAUUCGGACGAAACGAAAAAGAUAAGAGGAUGCACGGCGUAAACAAAGUGAGUUCACAAUGAUUUGUUGUUCUGUGAUGUAAACGCUCGUAAAACUUCCUCUUCUGCGGUGCUAUUUAUUUAGGCUUACUGAAUUCUGAAAUUUAGUCAACAUGAAUUUAUAAAACGACAAAUCUGUGUUAUUAGUGCUGAAGUUAAUGUAGAUUGUGCAAAUCUAAUAGUGAUAGUUCAAAGCAAGACUAGACAAGAAGGCCAACAAUGAGCAUCAACUCGCGACUGGUGCGGAAGAACUUGUCCCGCUUCAAGUUGGUGACCUUCGAUGUGACGGAUACUUUGUUGAGAUUCUCUCGUCCACCGGAAAUGCAGUAUGCUAUGGCAGCUCGCCAUCUAGGAUGCCACGGCAUCGAGGAGCAGGCCCUUUCGGUAUGUUUCGGAAAGCACUUCAAGCGAAUGGCACGUGAUUAUCCUAACUUCGGCAAGGGAUCAAAGUACGACUGGCGUUGGUGGUGGCGGACGCUGGUCAUGGACAUUUUCCGCGAUUCCCAUCGGCACCUGAGCGAGGCGAUGCUCGGGCGUGUCGCUGACCAGCUCAUAGAAGACUACGCAACAGGAUACUGCUGGACCAAAGUCGAUAUGGCCGACCGGAUGGUGGAAUUGGCGCGUGCCCAUGGCAAGCAGAUAGGAAUAGUAUCCAACUUUGAUCCAAGAUUGAGCCACAUACUGGAGGCGAUGAAAAUUCCGACUGAUUUCAUUGUGACAAGCUACGAUGUUGGCAUUCAGAAGCCUAGUCAGGAGAUUUUCGACUUUGCGUUGAGUCUCUGCAGCUCGUCGGUGCUUCCUGGCGAAGCAUUGCACGUUGGCAAUACUCCCAAGCUGGACUAUGUAGGUGCAAAACGGGCCGGUUGGGCCAGUAUUUUGGUUAAUGUGAAUAAACAGGAAGUUUGUUCGGAUUCAGAAAUAGACCCAAGACAUGUGUUUGCAAAUUUUCAAGAGUUUAUUCACGCGUUAGAGACUACUGAAAUGAAGUGGUAGAUUGUUACACAUAGUUCUGUUUUUAUUAUUGUAGCUAGAUCGGUUUCUCAUUUCUGAUUGCUGAAGUGUACAUAAUAGAAUAUACGUUUAGAGUAAAUAUGAAUACAGACCAUAAGAUCUGGAUACCUGCCGUUCUAUGGUUUGAUAAAAAAGAAAACCUUGGGAUUAGUUUUCUACAGUGUUGAAAAAUUCAUUUUGUCAUAUCUAAAUUCAAUCACCUACAGCACAUUUUAGAAGCUUAACCUGAGAAUAUGGUAUAUGAAAAACUUGUGCGGCUAGACCAAUUCUGCUAGAAAGUCACGGAAAAACUGCUAUUUUUUGAAUAUUUAAGGUAAAUGUCACGGACUACCUUCGAAAAACCCCAAUGAUAUUCACGGUGAAUAUCAUUUGGCAUUUUUCGAAGGUAGUCCGUGACAUUUACCUUAAAUAUUCGAAAAAUAGCAGUUUUUCCGUGACUUUCUAGCAGAAUUGGUCUAGCCGCACAAGUUUUUCAUAUACCAUAUUCUCAGGUUCAGCUUUUAAAAUGAGCUGUUGGUGGUUGAAUUUAGAUAUGGCGAAAUGAAUUUUUCAGCACUGGUUUUCUAGCCUCAAUCAGCGUAUUUCAGUGCUUGACUAUCUUUCUGCUCUACAAAGUUACAACAAGAGGUUUAAAUAAUUCCUAACUGUAUGAAAGGUAAUAACAAAAACAGUCAUCAAUUUGUUGAGAUCGCUAGCUUUAUCUAGUUGUUAGUACCGUAAAGCAAAGGGCAACACUUUUAUUUAAUA